AGUAUCUCAAUUGAGUGGUCGUUGUUCGAAGAGAGAAAGCUUAUCUUACAAAAAUCGAGCUGGAGUGAGUGGUGGUCUGUGAACUCGAGCUGUGAGAGUGCUGAGACUGUUUGGUUGAUAUAUAGAGUUAUACCAAUCCAAUUAAGGCGUGUGAGAUACCAAAAGAAAGCUCUCAAGACGAGGAUUCCGUGAAGGUCUGGUUUGCAUCAAUCGGAGUAGUGGAAGGCUUCCAAAUCGUCCGAGCAAAACACAACCUCGCAGAAACGGAUCCACUCUUCUUAAGAAACGAGUUAGCCGGAAAACACCCAUUCUAGGGGCUGUUUUCGUACCAACGAUUAAGGGUUGAACUAGCACUUUGAGGAGGCUGUUUGACACUCAUUUCUAAGCAAGGAAUCAGUCCUCAAGCUUCCUUGGCCGAGGCUUUGGUCAUUGAAUCAAGAAGGAAAGUUUUAAAGCUCAUUUGAGGUUGAGGCUAGAGCUUGCUUCCUGUGCUCGUUGCUCGAGUGAUCAUCUAGGAGGGAAGACUUGAAAUGGACCGUGGUGGCAGGAUUACUAGGAGAAACCCGACGGGCCGUGUACCAGUGGAGACUGGACAGGGCAGUCGAAGGACCUCUAGGGCAUCUAGAGGAGCUGGCCGUGGAGGCCGAUCACAGACCGUGAGUGACGGUCAUGUUGACACAGAAAGUGAAACCUACUGGUCCUAUGAGGACUCGACUUACCAACCGGAGACCGAGCCGGUUGAGACCCCUUACGAAGGGGAUGACGAUGAUAUAAGUGAUGAAGAAGGGGAGAAUGACUCCCUAGUCAGAAUUGAGGCGCUGCUCCAGCAAUACCAGCGGGAGCGCGAGGGAAGGAGGGAACGCCGAAGGCGCCGAGGAGGGCGAACUUCGGGUGGGGCUUCAAGAGGAAGAAGCCAUGGCGACUCUAGGGCCCACAUUGAACCACAUGGGGGCCGGGGUGAUGGAGGUCCGAUCAUAAGGAUCUCCAAAUACCUCAAGGAGGCACGAGACUUGGGGUGCAAACCCUUCAACGGAGCGGGUGACAUCUCGGUCGCCGCGGAAUGGAUCAAGAGGCUGAACGAAGCAGCCCUUGAUAUGCAACUCACCCCCGAGUUUAAGCUAAGGGUGGCGGUGAGGUUGCUCGAAGGGAUGGCAUCCACAUGGUGGGACGGAGCCAAGGGAAAGUAUGGCAACACGGUGACUUGGGAGAAUUUCCGACAGGAGUUCUUUGCCCAAUAUUAUUCUGAUUUUGAGGUGAACGCCAAGAGGAGAGAGUAUACCCUCCUGACCCAAGGGGGCAAAAUGACGGUGAGGCAACUUGAACACAAAUUCAGGGAGCUCGCGGAGUUCAUACCGGAGUAUGUGUGUGACGAGAACCGGAUGGUAAAUCACUUCUGGGAUGCCUUAGACCUGGAGGUGCGUGAGAGGGCAACACAGUUGCCUAACAUGACUUUUAGCCAAGUGGUCGAGCAAGGGUUAAAGGGAGAGAAAGAAUGGGAGGAAAGAAAGUUGAAGAACGCCGAAGAGGCAAAGAAGAGGAAGUGGGAGAACCAUGGACAUCAAGGUCCUAGCAAAAAGGGGAACCAUGGGGGAGGGGGAUCUUUUCGGACACCCCCACUGCCACCUAGGGGAAGUCAUGGCCCGGGCGGGCAAUCACAAGCCUCGGGGGUGACUCGUUGCAAGAAUUGCAAGAGGAACCACCCGGGGAAAUGUCGUGACCCUCCUAGAUGCUACCAAUGCGGGAGCACGGGUCACAUGAAGAUGAGCUGCCCACAACUGGGCGGGACGAGGGCAUCAGGGCCAAGUAGUGGUAAUACCGGGACACGGAAUCAAGCCGGGACUUCACAAGCGUCCA